AUAAGUGACAGUGACACAGGCUCUGCUCAGUAAUGGAGGGGAACGCAGGGAGCAGGGGGGGCUCUGGUAACUGACGGACACAGGGGACACGAGGAGGACACAAAGGAGCUGCAAAUGUCUACAGCCAUUGAGAGGAAGAGCUUGGACCCUGCUGAGAGCAACAAUGCACUACCGGGAGCUAGCUAAGCACAUCAGAGAGCCGGUGGACGAGGUCCUGCAGAUUCCACCUGCACUGCUUACAUGUGGGGGCUGCCAGCAGAGCAUUGGUGACCGCUACUUUCUAAAGGCUAUAGACCAGUACUGGCAUGAGGACUGUUUGAGCUGUGACCUUUGUGGCUGCCGUCUGGGGGAGGUUGGAAGGAGGCUCUACUACAAGCUGGGGCGCAAGCUGUGCCGGAGAGACUACCUCAGGCUUUUUGGCCAGGAUGGCCUCUGUGCUUCUUGUGAUAAGCGGAUCAGAGCAUACGAGAUGACCAUGCGGGUGAAGGACAAAGUGUACCAUCUAGAGUGCUUCAAGUGCGCCGCCUGCCAGAAACACUUCUGUGUGGGGGACAGGUACCUGCUUAUAAAUUCGGACAUUGUGUGUGAGCAGGACAUUUUUGAGUGGACCAAAAUUAAUGGGAUGAUGUAGCACUGUGGGUCUUUACCAAUCUUCUGAUGGCUGUGGAUACUGGGAUUUUGACUUAUGGGACAAUGACAGCCUGUGGUUGUAUUUUUGUUAAGGAACAUUGUCUACUGCUCAUAAACUAUCUACAUCCCAAACUGGGCCGAUGCCAGACAAAAUAAAAUAUACUACACAAUAACAUCAACUGGACUGCAGCCGUGAAUAGGACCAAAUGUCUGGCCAUAACACUAAAUUACUACAAAUGGAUACAUAUAACCAAGUAACGUUGCCUGGACUUUUUUUCCCAGAGCUCUCCUUGCUACAAUACUAAAGUAUAUUGAGAUAAUACUGUAUAGCUUUCAGAUCAGUGUGAUGUAAUAUAUCUCUGUGGCUCUACAGGAUACCAGGGGGCACAUACCAACUCAUUCUUGAAAUAUAAAGACACAUCAUCAACAGGAUAAAACAACUAAGUGGUUUAAAUUCCAUAAACACAUGACUUGUUUGGUUAUGUCCUAGCCUUGCAGCAGUAGUGUAAACUUUUGUACAGUGUAUAUACAACACAACUUGCUCACUAUUCAGUAGUUGCAAAUCUAUGCAAAAAACAGCAUAUUGUUUGUAUCAGGAACCUAUCUGCUCUUAAUAAAGAGAUCAUUGGAUAAUA